AAUUGAGAAACAAAGGGUUCAGAGAUAACAAUGAUUCAUCAGGGAAGCCGAUUCUCUAGCUUGAUUAUUAUCUAUGCCAUUUUCUCUUUAUCUUCUCUCAUGCUAAUAUCUGAAGGAACAGAACAUAUAGUUGGCGACAGCAGUGGGUGGGAGCUCUUUACAAACUAUAGCAACUGGACACAGGGAAGAGAGUUUCAUGUAGGCGAUGUCUUAGUAUUCAACUACAAAAGUGACCAGCAUAAUGUUAUGCAAGUUAACUCUACAGCAUACACAAAUUGUGGAACAGACAACUACACAUCCCUCUUCACCAAAGGCAACGACUCAAUUAUCAUAUCAGAAGUUGGAAAGCUAUGGUUCAUCUGCGGAGUGGAUGAUCACUGUGAAAAUGGCCAGAAGCUAAGCAUUAAUGUAGCUCCUUGA